AUAAUAAAUAAAUAUCUGCUUCUAAUUGUUUAUUUUCCGUUCAACAUUCUCAUUCCUGUUAACUCAAGCUAUAAGGAAAGCAAAAACCAGCAGUAUAUAUGGGCCCACUCGUGUUAACUCAGCUAGCCACCGGGUUCGGCGUGUUAGCCGGCGCACUUAUCGUGAAACAAGUGAUUGACGAAAACACGACUAUGGGUUCCAGAUGCUCCACUUGCAACGGCUCCGGGCGUUCCACCUGUCUCUGCAAGCGCUGGUCGGAUGGUGACAUUGGUUGCCGGACUUGUGCCGGUUCCGGUCGGAUGGCCUGUAGUAGCUGCGGUGGAACAGGGACCGGCCGCCCCAUUCCGGUUCGGAUAUCGGUUCCUCCACCCAAUUACAACCGGCCUUCCUGAAAGACAAUGUUACCGGAUUGGUAUAUGCAAUCUUACACUUAGCUUAUAUAUAUAACUUCCGUUGUUACAUAAUUAAUUUGUAUUAAUCAACGAUUUUGCCUCUAUCCAUCUGUCUUCUUUCUUUUUUUACAUUUUUUUAAAAAGUAGAAUGUGAUGUGUUAUGAGAAUAUUAACAGAAAAUGGCAUGCAUGUGGGCUAUAAAUUAAAGGCUGGACGGUUGCAGUGUCUUAUAA